AAGCAAGGGUAGAGAAGGAGUGGGCCGCUGUCGGUUAGCUCUCCCUGGUCAGAGACUUUAGUUAAGCAACUUGUCCAGCGUCGUAAACAUAACAAGUAGCGGGACUAAAACCGUGCAGUGGUGGCGCAGGCAUAAAAUCCCAGCAUUCGGGAAGCCGAGGUCGGCGGAACUACGAAUUCGAGGACAGCAUGGUCUAUCUUAGAGUUCCAGGACAGCCAGGGCUACACAUGUACACAGCUGUUAUUUUGCCAUUCCUUCAGUACACUUAAAAAAAAAGUAUUAAAGUUGCUACAAGUCAAGAUAAAGUAGAAAAAAAGGGAAAAGGCUCAUCAUGGCUUCCAGCCACAGCGUGUUGAUGCGACUGGUCGCCUCAGCGUAUUCUAUCGCUCAGAAGGCAGGGAGCAUAGUCAGGUGUGUCAUUGCUGAAGGAGACCUGGGCAUCGUGCAGAAGACCUCAGCCACAGACCUGCAGACCAAAGCAGACCGCUUGGUACAGAUGAGCAUAUGCUCUUCCCUGGCACGGAAGUUCCCUAAGCUGACGAUUAUAGGGGAGGAGGAUCUGCCUCCCGGGGACGUGGACCAAGAGCUGAUUGAAGACGGGCAAUGGGAGGAGAUCCUGAAGCAGCCGUGCCCAUCGCAGUACAGUGCUAUCAAAGAGGAAGACCUUGUGGUUUGGGUUGAUCCCUUAGAUGGCACCAAGGAAUACACUGAAGGUCUUCUUGACAAUGUAACGGUUCUUAUUGGGAUUGCUUACGAAGGAAAGGCCAUUGCAGGCAUCAUCAACCAGCCCUAUUACAACUACCAGGCAGGCCCUGACGCUGUGCUGGGCAGGACCAUCUGGGGAGUCCUGGGUUUAGGUGCUUUUGGGUUUCAGCUGAAAGAAGUGCCCGCCGGGAAGCAUAUCAUCACGACCACCAGGUCCCAUAACAGCAAGCUGGUCACAGACUGCAUUGCGGCCAUGAACCCUGACAACGUGCUGCGUGUGGGGGGAGCAGGAAACAAGGUCAUCCAGCUGAUCGAAGGCAAAGCCUCUGCUUAUGUAUUCGCAAGUCCUGGCUGUAAGAAGUGGGAUACCUGUGCCCCAGAAGUUAUCCUACAUGCUGUGGGAGGGAAGCUGACGGACAUCCACGGGAACGCCCUCCAGUACGACAAGGAGGUGAAACACAUGAACUCCGCAGGAGUCCUGGCCACGCUGAGGAAUUACGAGUACUAUGCAAGCCGGGUGCCAGAGUCUGUCAAAAACGCACUCACUCCCUAAAGGGUUGUUUCACGCGCCCGCCCACCCCGAGGACUUGGUUCUCACAGCCUCUUAGAACUGAUUGAACAAUCAAGAGUUCAGCUGCACUCAUCAGUGACCAGUGAUUUAGUGAUCAAUAGUUAGGGAUAGAAGACGGGAUUAAAGAAUGUCACCUAUGUAGUCAAAUACUCUCAUGCCUUAGGCAUAUAAUACAUUUUAUUUUUCAUUUCUCCUCUCGAAAAACAAUUAGCCAGGUAUGGUGGCACAUGUGGUAGUUAUUGCUAUUCCAGCGGUUGAGCCCAGGGCCUCAAGACCAGCCUCCACUACAGAGCAAAACACUGCCUA